ACAAUAAUUACUUUUUAAUUACAGGGAGCCUCCAGUUAAGCAACAUCUCAAGAAUGUCUACGCCUGCCUGGCGAUGUCCACCUUGGCGGCUGGAGUGGGCGGCUCAAUACACCUAUUCACAAACCUACUGCAAGCAGGUUUUCUGUCUGGAAUUGGAGCCAUUAUCUUCUUCUUCCUGUUAAUAUCAACUCCCGAUGACAAUGGCAAAGGCAUGAUGAAAAGGGUGGGCUACCUCCUUGGUUUCGCCACAUUAACCGGCGUUGGAAUGGGUCCUCUGCUGGAACAUGUCAUCCUAGUCAACCCUAGCAUCAUUAUAACAGCAUUUAUUGCAACAAGUGUCGUUUUCGUGUCCUUCAGCAUCUGUGCCAUUUUCUCCGAAAGGGGAAAGUGGCUCUACUUGGGCGGCACUCUGUUUACCCUGCUAAACAGCCUAAUGCUCAUGAGCCUGGCCAAUAUCUUGUUUGGCUCCACUCUGCUAUGGAACAUCCAGAUUUACUUGGGCUUGUUCGCCAUGUGCGGAUUCGUGCUUUAUGACACCCAGGCCAUCAUUGAAAAGAGAAGAAUGGGCAGCAAGGACUUUGUGGCUCAUUCGUUGGAUCUGUUCGUCGACUUCAUUGGAGUCUUCAAGCGGCUGCUCAUUAUCCUUACUCAGAAGGAACAGGACCAGAAGAAGAAGAAGGGAAACAACUGAUGACUGACUAUCUGAACCCAAGACAGGCUUGUUUAGUUACGUAAUUUUUUGGUACUACCACUUUUAAAAUUUUGAUGUUUUCAAGGGGCUUUUGUACAUUUGCAAUCUAACUAUUGAGCUAUAGCGCUAUAUGAAAGCAAUAGUACUAUUAAUAAAAUCAUACUGUAAAAACAUUUUGCAACAACGUGGAUACUGAUACUACACUGAUGUAUGUUUUUGUUUGUACAUUUUAGUGAGUUUUCACAUAUUCAUCGGUUAUUAAUAAACAUUUAUCAUUAAA